AUGCGGGAUUCUCCCGAUGCGUUUAUCGCAAGCUUGGAGACGGAAGAGGCGCAUCUCGUGGAGAAGUGGCAAGAGCGCAUCCAACAAGGUGUGGUCGUCUUUUGUGCUUCUGCCGGAUGCGAUGUGGGCUUUGCGUGGGUUGUGCGGAAAGGAGAUGCGGUGACCCUGGGCUUAUGGGUUUCGCCGGAGCACCGCUGCCGCGGGAUCGGAGCUGCACUUCUCGAUGCAGCUAUCCAGUGGGCACGCAGUGUGGGAGCGAGAAGGGUCUCGCUGAACGUCGCAGACGGGACUGCGGAAGGGAUGUGCUGA